CCGGCCCGGCCGAGAGGCGUCGUCGGCGCGGCGCGGCUGGAUCGCUCCUUGCCGCGGCGGCUGCCAAGGGACCGUCGCCGUCUCGUCGCCUCAGCGCCGCUGUCUGGGCCCGGCCCGCGCCGCCGCCCGCCGUACCUUUCGUCCCUGGCCAGGCCUGCGGGAUGUUCAUCUUAAAGAUUCUGUGAAGAUGAAAAGUGGUAUCUUAUGGCUUUUUGAAAUAUAAAGCAAUACUGUCUGACAUGACGGCAAAAAAUGUUGGUGUGACUUCCACAAAUGGAGACUUGAAAGGAUUUAUAGAUCAGAACCAGAGUCCAACAAAAGGUAAUAUUUCAGUAAUUGCAUUGCCAGUUUCCAGCACCAACUCUCCGACUAAGAUUUUGCCAAAAACCUUGGGACCAAUCAAUGUGAAUGUUGGACCCCAAAUGAUCAUAAGCACACCACAAAGACUGACCAGUUCAGGGAGUGUUCUGAUUGGGAGUCCGUAUAACCCAGCUCCAACAAUGGUCACACAGACACACAUAACAGAAGCUUCCGGCUGGGUCCCAGGGGAGCGAAAACGGACUCAAGAAAUUAUAGAGUCAGAUUUUUCAGAAAGUAAGAGAAGCAAGAAAGGAGAUAAAAAUGGGAAGGGUCUGAGGCAUUUUUCAAUGAAAGUUUGUGAAAAAGUUCAACGUAAAGGAACAACUUCAUACAACGAAGUAGCUGAUGAACUCGUAUCAGAAUUCACAAAUUCUAACAGCCACCUAGCAACAGAUUCACAGGCUUAUGAUCAGAAAAAUAUUAGACGGAGAGUUUACGAUGCCCUCAAUGUCCUGAUGGCAAUGAACAUAAUUUCAAAGGAGAAGAAGGAAAUUCGAUGGAUCGGCCUUCCUACAAACUCAGCUCAGGAAUGUCAGAAUCUAGAGAUAGAAAAACAGAAGCGGAUUGAAAGGAUAAAACAGAAGCGAGCCCAAUUGCAAGAACUACUACUGCAGCAAAUAGCAUUUAAAAACUUGGUACAAAGAAAUCAGCAAAAUGAACAGCAAAAUCAAGGCCCUCCAUCUUUGACCUCCACAAUACAGCUGCCUUUCUUAAUAGUCAACACUAGCAAAAGAACAAUUAUAGACUGCAGCAUAUCAAGUGAUAAAUUUGAAUACCUCUUUAAUUUUGAUAACACUUUUGAGAUUUAUGAUGACAGCGAGGUGCUGAAAAGAAUGGGAAUGUCCUUUGGGCUUGAAGCAGGCAAAUGCUCAGCUGAGGACCUAAGAACUGCAAAAUCACUGGUGCCAAAAGCUUUAGAAAGCUACAUCACAGAUAUGUCUGCAGGAUUUUCAUUGAUAAACCAAGGGUUACUUUCAAGUUCAGCACAAGCAGUUUCCCAUUUCGAGGCAGCUGGAGGCACUUAUGAUGCUAAAUCAAGUGAGAAUCCAGGGUUGUGUUUGGAUGCUGAAGUGGCCUUAGCAACUGGGCAGCUUCUUGCCCCUAGCAGUCAGCAGUCCAGCAGUGCAGCAUCCCGGGGAGAGACGCCCUGUUCCUUCAACGAGGAGGAUGAAGAGGAUGAAGAUGAGGAUUCUUCCUCCCCAGAAUGAGGACAGUAGAAAAUGGAAUAUACAAAAUGCUGCUCAAAUAUUCUUAAUGGGAGUUCCUGUUUGGAUUUUACUGGUUUCUUGCCUUGGUUUGCACUGUGUUUGGUGAACCAAAAUGGAAGCUUCAAAACAAGUUUAUCCAUAGCUGAAAUUGAAGAAUUGUAUAACUGAACACAGAGUGACAUGCAGAGGCAGAGCAAAGUGGGUUUUAUAAACUAUAAACAAGGAAAAGAACAAAGUCCCUGGACAUGUGGCAAAGUAAACCUUAAAUUCAUCUUUUCCAUUUUGGGACUCAAGUCUCUGUCUUCCCCUUGUCUUUUUCAGAUGGAGAAGAAAACAGUCAGUCAGUAAAGGCCAAUGCUUGCAUUGUCUUUUGGCCGUGCUGCCUUUAGAAAAAGGGGGAGCGAGUACAUGCAAAUGUGCUGAACUCGUUAUUUAAAACUAUAAAAGUAUGAAAGUGGUUAUAGGGAAAAGGGGCUGUUAAAAUGUUUGCUUUUUUUUCUGUUCAACUUGCUGUAUAGAAGAUUCUUAAAGUAAUAUAAAUUGCAAGUGAUUAAAUGAAUCUUGAAAUAGUUUAUAUCCAUUUUAGAUACUCUAAAAGUAACAUUAGUAUAAAAGGUUCAUAUGUUCCUUUAUAUUGCAGGCCUAAUUUAUUACAAGUGAUUAUUCUUAGCCAUUAUUAAAACAGUCAGGAAACAAACAGUAUUCUCUGCACCAGCUUUUUUCAAGGAAAAUAAGUAAAAAAAUUGUAUUUCUAGAUUAAAGAGUAUUCAGUGUAGCUUCUCCUUUACUGUUCUAACUUUAUAUAAUCCCUUUGACGUUAAAGCAUGUCUUGUUUGUUUUAAAAAGGCCUCCCACCAUGUUAAAGAUCUCAGGCAGCAUGUUUUCAAGGCAGUCUUUUCAAAUUCGGGGUGGGCAAGUCACAUAACUUUUAAAGUCAUAGGCUGAGGUUCUUAGGGGAAAGAAAUAAAAUUUCAACAAUACAUCAUCUCAUGUUUUGCAUUCUGGUCAGCUUGGAUUCUGACAGAUUUUCUUAUCAGUAACUUCAGUUGCAUUUACCUUGAUGCACCUUUGAAAGUUGUAUCAAACCACUAAAAAUAAUCUGGCUCAAGUUACCCAACACAUAUCCCAUGUGAAUUGUUAAAUUAGACUUGCAGCAGGAGACUGUGUUUUCCAUAGCUAACAUCACAUCCAGUCAUAAAGACCUGUAAAAAAACCUUGACUAUCAAUGCAAAAUGCACUGUAGAUGUACUCUUCCCGUGGUGUUCCAGCGUCCAGGACUUUGCCUAGCCUCUCUUUUUCAUGAGGUGAAUCUUCCCAGUUUUUGCACUGUCUCUAGGAGGUUCCCCCAUGUCUCAGCUGUGUGAGGCAGCUGUCCUGGCUGUUCCUGCGCUGGGGAAUGGGGCAGUUUGUGCUCACCUGAGCAAUGGCAACAGCUACCCCUGGGCUGCUGGCAGCAUCACUCACAGCCUGAGCUGUGUCCAUGUCAUGUCUUACAGCCAAACCUGCACUCACUCAGGCCAGCAAGAUCCAAAAGUACCAAGCCUGAGCUACAGAGAGAAAAUGAGGCUCCAGCUCAAGAGCUGUGCAGGAAUUAGCAGAGGGCUGGCUGCUCCCAGGACAGGUAAAACUGUGAGGAGUAGACAAGCACCACCCCAUGUUUACAUUACAAACUAAAGCAUCAGAUAGAAAUGUCUCACAGAUAGUUCCUGCACCUGAGGAGAACCUGAGGAGUACCCUGCACCAGAAUGUAGGUAGGGCUCUUGACUGAGCCGUUUUAAACAAAUGAAUGGCAAAUGCACAAACUCAAAUGCCUACCAUGGUAUUCACGCUUGGGGCAAGACUGUUAAGACCAUCCUGUGCUCAUGGCUCACAGGCAACAGCAGACUGAGGCUUUACACCCCCUCACUUCCACUGAAUCUGUAACACUACCUCAAUACCAGAAAAGCUUUACAGAAACAAAAGAAUAUUCUUGCUGAGAGAGUCAGUGCAUUGAGUCAAGUGGCUCACUUUUGAAAUGGGGGAAGAAGGGAACAGGUACUCCACACAUAUUACUAUGGAAUUGUCAGCUUCAUGAUUGACAGAACAUGAUGAUUUAAAGAGAUCGUCACUUUCAUUCCUUAAAAACCCAUUGCUUUUUCAAAAACUGCCCUGUCAGCCAGCUUUCUUUGGAGAGUGCAGAUCAAAGAUAGCUUAGAUAUGCGUGGUCCUAAGGAAUUCUUUUAAGAGGGAAAUAUCUUCCAAAGUAGUUCCACCUUCCUCCCCCCAGCAAUAUAUUAGGGACACAUUUAACUUUACACUUUCUUCACACUUCUCACUCAAGAUCCGUGUAAAAAAAAAACCAAACAAACAGCAAAACACUGAUCAGUUCCUAAAGAGCAGCACUUUGAACUAUAAAAACCUGGGGAAAAAAAAAUGCUUCCAGCCCAGAAAUGGAAUGUAUUUUAUUAGCAAGUCAGUGGGCUUUCUGCUUUAAAGGGGGAAGAUCUUCAAUGACACCUUUCCUCCACUGAUGUCUGUGUCCUUCAAAGCUGCAGCCUGCACAGCUGCCUACUUUCUGGAAAACAUCAAACUACCAAAUUUAAAGAUAAAAAGUAAAAAAAUAUGGGAGCACAUAAUAUUUAUUUGACAGUUGAACCAAGCCUUUAAAAGUUUUGUGGGUUUUUUUUCUGGACUAGUUGAAUACAAAGGACAAAACAAGUUAGAACAUUUAGAAGAGACUUCAAAAGUAAAUUCUUUCCUUGGGCUUCUUUGUGCCAAGUACCAGUUAAGGAUGAAGUUCAACUGAGGCACAGCUGUCCUGUGGCUACACUAAAGUCUGGGAACUAGGAGAACUGGGGCCUUAUCCAGCCACAGUCACUUGUGUAUGACCUCAGGCAAACCUUUCAAUCAUUUCUGGUGAUCUUAGCUGCCAUAUUUAAAAAAGAAACAAAACACACACACAAAAACCACAAACCAAGACAGGUAAAUGCAGGACCUCACUAAAGGCAGCUGCUGCAAUUGUGAGUAAGGGAGUUGAGAAUAUUAACAAACCACAGAGCUCCCAUUAAGCUCACGGCAGUGUUUAUGCUCAGCUGCUUCAACACCCAAGCCCUCCCUCCUGUUGAGAGCCAGCAAACACUUUCCACAAUAAAAUGGUCAUGGCCAAGAUUGAUUUUCCCAUUUUCUGUUCAGUUCCCAUCAUCAUCUCCUGUCUCGUGCAAUAUCCCUCAUAUUCAUUGACAGGAAUCAAGCAGCAACUGGUACUAGAUCAUACUUCAUAUAAGAAAAAGUCAACAUUUAAAUUUCCAUGCAACUUAAAUGUAAGAUAAAUUUAAGAUAUUUCCGUGUCUUGGAACACUCUUAGUUAUACAUUUAGGAGGCACUUGACUGCAAGCAAUAUAAUGCUGUAUGUAAAUACCUUUAUAGUACAGUGAACAACUUUAUUUCUGGACUAACUUUGUGCUUAAAAAAUCUAAAUUUGACUUACAAAAACUUGUCAGCUCCACUAUCUAGAUGAAAAACUAUGAGUGGGAGACAGCAUUUUUCUAUUAUGUGGAAAUCUGACAAUGUUUGUGAAUUCUGAUAUUUAAAAUUGCAUUAAAAUGUACCAGUCUUCUCAUUUCCACACUGAAUUAACGCCAACAAUCCACGUAAUCUUAGUGUGUGUAUCCAGUAAACACCACCAGUUCAACUGAAGAUAUGACUUUAACACCAGUACCAGUACUAAACCCAGUACAAGCCCCACUGUAGGUGUUUCCAUUUUGGUUAAGGGGUUUUAAUUUUUAAACUACAGCUUGAAAAUACUCCUAAAUCCUUUUGAGCAGCUGGAGAUUGCCAAGGAUACAGAAUUACCACAGAAGGGUUUCUGCUGAUCAACUAUGUCAGCCUGAAGUAACAUUAUGUAAAAAGGCCUAAUAACCAAAUAUUAACCCUUUUGUUUUUUUAAAGAAAAACGAGGCAUACAUGUUCAUCCAUUAAAUGAUGCUUGAAUUUAGAAUUCCACAGUUAAGGUUUAAAAGCUCAAGUGCUCUUUCUUUAGACCAAUCCACCAUUUUAAUUCAAGAGUAUGGCUGAAACUUAACCAUAUUUGAACUCUGGGGAAUACUCCUUUUUGUAGUUAACUGGCCCUUUUCAGCUGAAAAUAAACCAGGCAGUUGAUUGUAGACUCCUUUUCGUAAGGGAGAGGCCAAGGACCUGUUUAUGGAGGUUUGUUCUUUAAAAUGUGACACUUGAAUUCUGGUCUCUGACUGCAAGCAUGCAGCCAUGAAUCAUUUGUGGACACCACACACCUACCUGAGCACGUGAACAGCUCUAAAGACUUAAUUUUCUGCUGGCAGGUGUUCACACAACCCAAUCCUAAUACCAUGAAACUCAUUCCUUAGAUUUAACAAAGUUCCCAAAUCUGAUAAUCUCUUCCCUGUUUAGCUGUUAGGAUUUUUUCUGGUGAGUAUUUUUAAGAGGCUGUGAGUAACUGUCCUCCCCCCAGUCCAGGUAUAUUGCCAAAAAAUACCCAUAACCAAUGUUACUCCCCAGUGUUCAUUCCAUCUGCAAAGGACUACUGUCCUUUCAAGUCACUGCAGAGCUGUGUGUGCAAGAAGCCCCAGCUCCUUCAAUCUGAUUGCUUGAGGGGGCAUCCAUGGAUCCCUCCCCAGCUGGCACUGACAGUGAGGGAGGGAGUGCUCAUUAAAACAGUAGGCCAGUAACUGAAGGGAGGGGCUGUUUAUUGCAGCUGUUCAGAGAUCAUAAAGUCACUCUCUACCCUUAAACACCUUAUCUGCCCACACAGAGAUCAGACAAAAACCAAAAUGUUUUCUUUCUGUUUCCAUAUUUUUGAUGGUUCUGAAGAGUCCAACAUUUAGGAUAUCCACCUAAACUGCAGGACACCAAAAAUCCUUGCUCAAAAUUGGUAAAUUUAAAAAUUACCAAAAUUUACUCAGAAGUAACAUCUGAGAUCUAACCAUCCAAAUCCCAAGGGAAAGCCUCCUGCUUAGGAACAAUGUGGAGCAAAUAAAUCUGCAUAUAUCCAAGAGGAAAAGCAUUCUGACCUGGGUAACAGAGCCAUGAUAAUUUCCAAACAGGUACAGGAACCUCCCAGUAGCCCAAACUUACAUCUCUUCUUAGUCUUCUGUAUUGGCUAGAAAAGUGCAAUCACUUAAAUCUCUUCUCUCUAAAUGCCAUUCUCUCAACACUCUCCAGGCAUAAGUAUUUUAGAUGUAUGGACACCAUGGGAUAACAGAAUACAGCAAUGUUAAAUUUAAAUCCAGUUGUAGAUGCAAAUCAAACUCAUCUAUGCAGAAACGUUUUCCAAGACAAAAUGAGUCUUUACUGAUGAGUUGGUUUUAGCCCAUUCUCCUCUCCAGGCUGAGUAAAACACUGCUGCCCAUGCUGCCCAGCCACACAAGCCAGGCAGCCAGAGAGGGAAAAACACCAUGUAUCCAUAGUCCUUCCCACUGACAUUUUCUGGUCACAUACAACUACUCUGAAUACCCACAGAAUUUAAAACUAUCAAAAAGGUGAAGUCCACAAAACCAGUCUCCAGGCAUUUUGAUGGGUUUGUAAAAUUUCUAUUGUAUCUUUAAUAAUUACUAGUUUUGAUUGUACUAAUGCAAGGAUUAAGUGGAUCUCCCAGAAUUUCCCCAGGAAAACACCAGCUGAAUCAUAACCCAUCAUACAAGUUUCUGAAACAUUCCACUGUCUUAAAGGCCAUGCUUAUACAUGAAAAAUACUUCAGAGAUGCAUAUGCAAAUGUUACGACACUGUAUCUAACAAGCACCUACUGUAAAAAAAUGAAUCCUGCUUUGAACAAACAUGUAAGAAGUAGGAUGUGAGCCUGUCCUCAUUCCUCAGGCCCUGACUGCAAACCAUGCCCAAGGCACAGCCUUUGUGUUUGCAUAUCCUACACGGCAUCAGGAGAAACUGGCCAGCAAGCACAGGCAGUUUUACACCAGGACUUUUUUGUUGGUACCUGGGGGAUGAUCUGGCAGUAGAUGAGUCCUUGGCAAGGAGACUGAUGCUGAAUUCUGAGUGCUGAUGUGCCAUCAGCCCAUGUUCUUUUCUACUCCAUGCUGCAACUUGUAUGCAGGUCCAGCCCUCCAUCCCCCCUUACAGAAGCACUUUUUAAUAUCCACUAUAUUCUACAUGAAGUAAUUGUAGAGACACUUCCUUUUUAUAUUUAAAAUGCAGAAACCACUUGAAAGUUCAUUAACUUUUAAAUUAAACUUUUUUUUUAAGAACAAGGCCAGUCAUGGACAAAGCUAUUUAGUGACCUCCAACACUGAACUCAAAGCAGGGUUUUGUAAACAUGGUGGGUGGGAAGAGACAAAUCCAAUUACAAGCAUGCUAAUUAUAUGGGAUUUGAAGUUUUAAUUAAUUUUAAUAUAAUCACCUUGCUCUCCCAACAUCUUUAUUGGCACAAAGCAUCACACAAACACUUUAGUGGAAUUUUUUCUCCCUUUUCUUGUGCUAAAAUCUUUGGCAAAACCCAAGUUUCCCAUUCAUCUUCAUUUGCUGCAUAUUUUUGAAUUCUCCGUAGAUUUCUUUCUUUCCAAAUACCUAUAAAUUAUAAAUUAAAGUUUUAUUUUUGCAGAAAGUCUGCUAUUAAGCUAUGCUGAAUUUUUGCCCUGAUGAGAUAGCGUUAAUUUCCACUACCACAUUGUACAUGGCUAGGAGUAGUGUAAAAAAGAAUGUGGUAGUAUUUUAUGUGCUUUAAACACUGACAAAGAAAUAAAGAAAAGUGCAUAUACAAAGUUUUACUUUCCUAAUAGGAACACUGGCAUUAGUAAAUAGUAUAUUUGAACCAAUAGGAAAUAUUACUUUGUAGUAGCAAACACUUUGUAAAUAAAAACUUGUUAUUUUUUUAAUGGAAAUUUUAUAGAAGCUUUUUCUGUAUACUCAAUUGACCCCAUGUUUACUGAAAAUGCUGCAAGUGGGAAUUGUACAUUGCAAAUGGGGGUGGGGAGCAGACAGUCUGACUGAGGUGAAAACUAUGUAUGCUUCGGAGAAGAACAUCCAGUUUUCUGGGAACUGAAAUGUAAACCUUAACUGUAGAAGAACUGAAUAAAAAAAAUUCAAGGCAA